GGCUGGUUCUCGCUCUCUAAGUCCCGCUUCGCCAUGGGCUGCAAGUCGGUCUCUGCCCUGCAGUACGGGGCCCGCAUGGAGCCGCUGGUCCGGGUGUGCGCCAGCGAGGGGGAGAGCGGGCAGGUCGCCUUCCAGGUGAUUCCAGGAGACGGGGACCCGUCCACAGAGGCUGCUGAGGGGUCACCGGCUGUGGAGGAAAUCGGGCCCCAAGACCAAGGUGAACUAAUGGACAAAACUGCAGCGGGAGCCCAGGGCCGG